AUGCCGUGCCCGGACGUCGUCUUCAGCGCUCAGCUCGUGAUGGAGGACGCCACAGGCGGCAGAGUGAAGCUGAAGCACUCAAAGCGACAUGGACAGUUGAUGCUGGACACCGGCUCACAGAGCGUGCAGCUCGUGUACCCGCGGGUCGGCAGGCUCUUCCAGCGCAAGUUCGAGCAGCCUCUCAAGUGCGUCAUGGGAAGAAAAAUACUACGGAUAUACUCUAGCAACGGGAAAAGAAACUUCACGUGCCGACUACUGUCGGAAGAAGACACGACAAAGUGUGCCGAGACGCUCCGCACCUUCGGAGUGGAGGUCAUCGCAGUGGGGGAGUCGAUGCUGUCAGCGGGUAGACGUGGCUUGGUCGUCCAGGAUGCUGCUGUGAUUGCUGGAGGUGAAGCUGCAUUGCAAGCUAUUCGAGAAACGUCUCCCAGAUCGAUGCAAGCUGAGAUUCGUGACUAUGAGUUGUCGUCCCAGCUUCAAGACGAUACCGACGCUAUCAUGCGAUCGAUGUUUACCAUGAACUCUUGA